ACACCCACUAAUCCCUAUUCUCCGAAAACAUUCUUCACCCGCCAAGAACUCUUCUGCGCAGAAGGUGAAAGGUCUCUCUCCAUAGAAAGGGCAAGAAAGCAAUCUGAACUUGCCGAUAAUGAGUUCUGCAACUCAAGGUAGCAAUGGAACAACGCUUUCUGGCCGUGUUAACAAGACGACCCAGAAGCGCCGCAGUUGGUCUACACGCGAAGAAGAAGUGCUAAUCGCUGCAUUGAAGGAGCUCGUUGCGCAAGGAUGGAAAUCCGACAACGGAUUUCGAGCCGGUUAUUUGAGCAAGUUAGAGGAGGCUAUGAGGAAGGACUUUCCGACCACCGAUUUGAAAGGGAUGCCUCACAUAAACUCGAAGGUAACAACGUGGAAAAAGACUUACUAUUCAUUGUGGAACAUCCUCAAGACCAGUGGAGUUGGUUUCAAUGUGGAUGGAAAGCACAUGAUUGAUUGCGAUGAUGAACAAUGGGAGAACUUUGUGAGGGUAAGUCCAUUUACAUUGCUUAUUUGCAGCCUGGUUUUACUAUGUUUUGUUAAGCUUUAAAUUGUAAUGUAGGUCGAUAAUAGCGUGAGCAACUAUCGCAAGAAAAGCUGGCCUCUACUUGAGGAUUGGAAGAUAAUAUUCGGCAAAGAUAGAGCUACGGGCGAUGAGGCGGAGGAUCUCAUGGAGGCGUCCCAUGAGAUGUAUCGAAAAUUGGAUACUAGCCAACCGAACGCCGAUGAUGAUUACCGCAUCUCACUUGAAGAUCUCUUCGAGAAUGGCGAAGCGGGUGACAAUGUAAGCCACACCCAAGUUCAUGAAGAGAGUGUUACGGCUGAGAAGGAAGUGCGGGGUUGCGGCAAGAAGCGGCGCCGCAGUGCCACCUUUGACGACAGAUUCUUCGAGGCCCUACAUGAAAUUAACCGGGGGACCGAAACUAGACUUGAUACAAUAUCAAGUAAAAUGGGUUACGACUACGAUAUAUCAAAGGCAAGAAAAGAAGUCUUCGCUCAAUUGUCUGCUAUUCCGGGGCUGUCAAAGAUGGAAAAGUUUGAGUUGACAGAUUUGCUUGCAAAGGAGGUCGAGCGUCUGGAUGUGUUCUCAAGCCUCCCGGAUGACGCGAAGGAAGACUACGUGCACUACUUGCUUGCUUUGAAGCAUAAGUAAGUCACCUUCGUGCAAGGAAUGUUUUGGUGCUCUUCUUUUGCAUUUUGAAAUCUGACAGUUUCUCAUAUCAUGUUCAAAGAAUAUUUUGGAACUUGUUGCAAGAUUGUUUAGGUUUAUGUUGGGUACUAGUUGGCCCUUUAAGCUUAUGCCGUUGUUGGUACUUUGUUUCAUGGAGACCGAUCAUGUUAUUUUGUACCUUG